ACGGAAUUUCUGGCCAUGGCCUCCUGCCUCCGUGAGUGCCUCUGCGAGGCCGAGCUCGAGCAGUAUUACCCUCAUUUUCUUGCAGUCGGCCUGCAGAAAGUCGAGGAACUGGCCACUGUGACCAUGAAGGAUUACUCCAGGCUGGGGGUCCACAACAUGGAGGACCGCAAGCGGCUCUUCCAGCUGAUCAAGAUCAUCCAGAGCGUGUCAGAGGAGGACAGAGAGGAGAGGACACCCCUUCAGCCUGGCUGUGUCUACCUCCAGCCCCAGACUAGUAGAUCGGCCACCAGGAGGCAGCUGCGGUUUGAGGUCAAUGACCGGGACUGCGAUGCCUUUUCAUCGCCAGAGAUAUCUUAUCCUCAGCCCAAGAAAUGCUCAGCGGAACCGACAGUAAGGGCGGCACCUACUGAGCAGUCUCAUGGCCAGAAAGUCCUCCCAUUGCUGGAAGAAGAGGAAUCCAGCUCUUGUAAAGCAAUGCAAGGCCUGCCACCAGGAUCCAGAGACAGUGAGGCCCCUGUUAUCCGCAGAGUAAUGCAUGUGUCGGGAUAUAAUUAUGGGGUGCCACAGCCAUGCAUGCGGCCGGGUUCCGCGGAGAAGGAAGGCCCCUGGACCGACACGGAUAAAAUCAGAGUCUGCGUCCGUAAACGUCCGCUGGGUUUAAGAGAGGAGAGACGCGGGGAGAUGAGCGUGGUGAACGUGGAGGGCCCAGAAACCGUCGUGAUUUAUGAGAGGAAAGAAGCCGUGAAUCUGAAAGAAUACAUUCUGCAGCAUGUGUUUUAUUUUGAUGAAGCUUUUAGCGAGAAGUUGACCAAUCAGGAUGUGUACAUGAAGACAUCUCAGCCGCUUAUUCAGCAUGUGUUCAACGGUGGCAAUGCAACGUGUUUCGCUUAUGGGCAGACCGGCGCAGGGAAAACAUACACCAUGAUCGGGACCCAGAAGAACCCCGGACUAUACGCUUUGGCUGCCAGAGACAUCUUCAGGCUGCUGGAAUCCACUCAGCCAUCUAAAGACCUUUCCGUGUGGAUCAGCUUUUACGAAAUCUACUGCGGGCAGCUUUAUGACUUGUUAAACGGGAGGAAAAGGCUGCACGCCAGGGAAGACGGAAAACACGUAGUUCAAGUUGUGGGACUUCAAGAAGUUCAGGUGCAUAGUGUGGACUUCCUGUUGGAGAUGAUCGCAAAGGGCAGCAGGGAGCGCAGCACAGGCGCCACCGGUGUGAAUUCCGACUCCUCCCGCUCGCAUGCUGUCAUACAGAUCCAAAUCAAAGAUGGCCGGAGUCGUAAACUUGGGAGAAUGUCCUUCAUUGACCUGGCUGGAAGUGAGAGGGCGGCUGAUGCCCGGGAAUCGGACAAACAAACCAAAAUGGAAGGAGCAGAGAUCAACCAAAGCCUCCUUGCUCUAAAAGAAUGUAUCCGGGCCCUGGACCAGGAGCAGGCCCACACCCCAUUCAGACAAAGCAAACUGACCCAGGUACUUAAAGAUUCUUUUAUUGGCAAUUCAAAGACCUGCAUGAUCGCUAACGUAUCGCCCAGUCACAUAGCAACUGAGCACACGCUGAACACCCUGCGUUAUGCAGAUAGGGUGAAAGAAUUAAAAAGAGGAAUAAAGAACACCCCAACAUGCACUAAUCGAAGCAGAAGCACCCCUUGCGUGUCUCCAAAACGGGUUCAGAAUACAUCCUCGGCGCUGGGGGAAAAGAUAUCCCCUAAAAAAGUAAAACUGGGCGCACAAUACUCAUCUACCUCAGUCACCGCAAAGACCAAAUCGUAUCCGUCCGUCUUCCAUCCCAACAAUGUGCCCCUGUCAUCGACCCCAAAAAUCUCCGUCAGGCAAAAUAAUGCAAAAGGUUCCCCCAUCCAAGCCUGGCUUGCCCACACCACUCCACUGAAAGGUGCCGCUAGACUGGGACAUAACGGAGCAAAGAAGUGUGAAAACCAGGAUAAGGCUCCAGUACAGGGGAAUCCUCAGGACGCUGAAUAUGAAGUGGAAACUGAUUUCAAAGUCCACUUCAACCAUCAUCGACAACUAGUGCAACGCGUUCAACCUGUACAACCAGUGCAGAAACAUAUUGUCUCAAAGACCGCGAUGCCUUUUUGGGAAUACAACUUAAGGCCAGUACAUUUAGGGGAUAAAGUCCAUCAGAAGACUAGCAGUGAGCCGAGUAACCGUCCAGAACAAAAAGACCGAGAGGAACACUUAAGACAUUACCACCAGCAGUUCCAAAACCCACCGAUUUUCCAACAAAAGCUGCAAUACCGACCACUGGAGAAGAUCUUGGACCUCUAUAAGCCCCAAGAAGUUCUAGUCGGCCACAUCAACACUUCGCUGUCACAUCACGAAGGACUGCCUCUGGAAGACCCCGAUGAUAGUGAUUUUAGCGAAGACUCUUUUUCUUAUGUGUCGGUACAGAAAAAAGGGAAGAAAGAAGAGUUGGUCCGUGAAAGACUAUCGUUCUUCCUUCACCAGGGUUCUCCGGACAUUAGAAAGGCGGCAGGAAAAGGUCAAGGUUUAAGCUUUAGUGAUUCUGAAUCUCCGGAACAUAAGCAGGGAGUAAGUUGUGACUGUGCAGGCAGCUGUGGGAUUUUGGAGCGGACACAACCAUGUGGCCACCAAAACUUGUGGAGUUCUGGAGAAGACCCCGGCAGCGCAUGCGACUCGUCAAAUAUCAGCAAUGCACCAGAAAAGCCUUAUUCUUCUCAGGAGGAACCCCCAAAGCAGCCGAAGAAGAAGAAAAGCGAGCGGUCAUCCAAGAGCAGUCCUCACACAGACACUUCUACUGAUCUUAUUGCAGAACAAGAACUACAUAAUGCAUCUUCCCCUCAGAUUGGUUCUCGAGCAGGAGGAGCCAUGCUGAGUAGAGACUCUUCUAGAGAGGCUGCGAACAAUUCUUCAGACUCUUCUGCAAUGAUGGCUCCUCUAACAGUGUCGCUGCUCCAGGACAACUGGUCCGUGGAGUCUACCCAAUACCUUCGUCCUCACAGCUCCCCAAAGUCAAAGGUUGCUUCAAAGGAUGGAAGUUUUGAAAAGGAUUCUACUCUAGAGUCCCAAAUCGAUGAGCAUUCCAUCGAAAAGAAUCUCUCGGCCCUUGUGAAGAAGAUGCUGCGCUAUAAUGAAAGUUUACAAUUGCAGAACUCUCAGAAUGACUGGUUCCUGGAAGCCAGUGAUGGAUGCAACCUGCCUAGCUCCACGGACUCUCCUUCCUUUAUGGCUCAACAAGGAUCAUGUGAUAGAACGUCUCCAAAAUUGGCCAAUGUGGGACAGUCACCAAAGAAAAUUGAUUUCAGCGACUCUUCUCUGGACACUGCGAAUUCCAGAUCAAAGGAUCUGAUUCCUCCAUGUUAUGACGCAGAUGCUGAAGAGACAGCAGCAAGCCAUCAACGAUAUCUGGCAUCUCCGGGGGUUUCCGACAGGAGUAAUUCUGACACGCAAAAUGACCAGAAAGAGAUUUUAUGUCCAGAGCCCUCUGAGCUCUUAAUACCGACUUCCAAAACACAGUCUGGUUGUGCGUCAGGGAGCCAUAAGAGACAACAAGAGUUGAGCUUUGAAGACACUGGUCUGAGCAGCUUGGAAGACUCAUUCGGGGGACCCUUUAAGGACAGCGGGCUGGAAAAACUUAAAAAUAAACUUGUGAAAUGCAUAUUAGCCCAGCAGGGUAAUAAAGAAGAGGAACGAAGUCUCAGGAACGAGAGGAAUUCCAAAAACAAAACCACCUCCUGUGGACAGUUAGUAUUGUCGCCAACGACGAGUCAAAGCAUAAGAGACUUUGAGAAAUCGCAACAACUACUACUUCAAGCCCAUUGCAAGCAGAUAAAAGAGGUGUCGUCCCUGUGCUGCCAGGAGGAGGCGCUGCUGAGCUGUGUUUCUACCUCUGAUUUUCUGGACUAUGUGAAGAAGUUGGAGGAGAUUCUGCUGCAGAAGUCCAAACACAUCGAGAACCUCAGAGCCCAAUUACAGGCGUUCCUGGAUCUCCCCCCCACAGAGCCGUCCUCGCCCCUGGACCUCCAUGAGCAGGAUGAGGCCGAGCGCCUCGGCGUCUCAUAA